CUUAAAGGCAUGUUCACCGUAUUCAUGUUCUUCUUUUCUUCGAAUUAUCUUGCUUUCAACUUUGAUUCCAGCUCUAUUAGUUCCUUCAGCUCACGCAACGCGUUCUUUCUCGUAUCGGCCCUACCGCCAGUAUCACUUCAUUGAUACCACUUGCUAAACUCUACCACAUCAUAGAGGAGCCCUCUCGCAAGCGAAACGAUGACCACGAUAUACUCUCUUCCGCCGGAGAUUUAUGGAAAAAUAGUUCCCCAUCUGACCGAUGCCGAUCUUCGCGAAUACCGUUGUACAUGCAAGUAUUUUGCAGCCACCGGGGCCAAGGAAUUGUUCAAAGUAAUCGCGUUUCAUGCUUCAUCUGUGAGCGUUCAGCGCGUUCAGGAACUUGCUGGACGUGAAAACUUGCGAGGCUGUGUGCAGACUCUGGUCUGGGACUCGAAUUUAUGGGACAUAGCUGGUGGCACAGAAGACGAGCUCACGGCAUAUCAGCUUCAGCAAGGCCGCUAUUCCACGCUGCGGGAUAACUAUCGGUUGCUCUACCCAGAACCAUACGGUCUUCUGCCCAGGGAUAUAGAAGCCAAGAUCGGCGAUGUGAAGGCCCAUUAUCAGGCACACGAUGAGCGACGGCAAGACGAGAAGAAGACACUCCACGGUGUGCUACAUCCAGAUCGGAUAGCUGGUCUGCUGCAGCAAUUCCCUGCGCUGCGAGAAAUAAGGAUCCUUAAUGGAUCGCUUGAGUCAAGGGAGCGCGGACUACAAAAGAUUCGCACAGACAUUGCGCGCGAUACUUUGGAUUUCAUACCGAGAGGCGACUCCUUAUUCAACCCCGAUCUUGAGGACGGUCCCUUGGGAGUACACGCACUCACGAGAGCAAUUGAGGGACUGUCAGCACUCCAACGGCCAUGGAAGCUAGAGAUCGACGCGAUUGACUAUACCUUUUUCAUGCCAAGGAUCUACCCUGUAUCUUUCGAAGCUAAACUCGGUAGACUUACGAGUCUUACGUUGGCCUUGUCCUAUUGGAGGGGAGGACCCAUUGCACGUGGCGACGGCUACGAAGAAUGCGAUGAGUGUUGGGCGGUGUUGAAACGUGGUUUUUUUAAACAGUUUCUCCGGAGCAUGAAGGCGCUUCGUUCGCUGUCUCUGAGCCUUCAUCAGCGGCGCCAGAUAGGCAGGUUCCAUGCCGCAGCUAGUAUUCGCGAAAUGAUCCCGUUGGACGAGGACUGGACAGAGCUUUGCGAGUUGAGUCUCACCAACAUCGACGUUGCCGAAGAAGACAUCAUCCGCCUUUUGCAGAAUCACUCGUCUACUCUCAAGGCGCUUCAUCUAAAGGACAUAUGCCUGGUCCCAGACGGCUCAUGGAUCCAUGUGCUUGAAGCUGUUCGGCCCGUUCUCAAAUUGACUUCGGCAAUCUUCUCAGGAGAGUACUUAUUCGGCUGCUGUGAAGAGAAACCUGGUGCUCUGAUCUGGUGGCUCAACGGUGACCUGGGGUCAGCGCUCUCGGAAUACCUGAUUAGUGGUGGAGAGUGUCCUCUUAGAGAAGACAACACGGUGUGGCAUGGGGUUACCGCAGAUGGAAACGCAUGGUUUGAGCAGGAACGCUCUUGAGAUAACGUGUAAGACUAGUCGUCGUGACAGCAAUAGUAACGUGGGGUAAUACACUAGAUUUGAACGCCCGUUGUGCCGUCAAGCCUGUACGGCGGUUUGACAUCUGCUUUACCCACCCUGUACGAAACUAGCCAUGCAUCACCCCGGGCAAAUAGCAGCGCCUUCUCACCAUGUUUGUCCCGAGGUUAAACCUACCUCGGCUAGCGCGAACGAUCUGCAAUCACGACAUUUCAGACUUCAAUUUCGAAUCCCCUACCACAAUGACCCCAA